UUAUUGUUUAUGGCUCAUGGAUUGUUUACAAUAAUUCGCGAUUAACGAGAAUGUCCAUACUUAUAUAUCUCGUAUUAAUAUUUUACACUUACGAGUAUGAUUGAAAUUGCAUUGUAGGAGUGGUUUUGCUCCAUAAAACUUUAUUUGAAACAUGUUAAAUAUUGUUUAUAUGUCUACACAAAGUUUACUUUGUGAAAUAGUUUAACUAUGACAAUAAGUACAUAAUACAAAAAUGCCUCAAGAUCACAAUAGCAAGCCAUCAAAAGGCUCCACUUCCAAAAAGAGUCUGAAUUCUCCUUUUUCACCAUUGGCCGACGAUGUAUUUGCCGGCGAUGCAGACAAUCCGAAAGCUAGGUUGCAAUAUUUAUUUUCACAGAUUGAAAAGGAGUUUGAAAGAUUACAUGCUGAAAAUAUUUCAUUACAUGAGAAAGUUGAAACAUUAACGGAAAGACUCGAAAAGGAAAAACCAGGGAUAUCACAAAGUGAUAGUGUGGAUCAUGAAGGCAGUGGAAAAACUCUAGUCAAAAAAUUAUCAAGCUCCCAGAAAGUUAAAACAACACAGCGCUUGAGAGCGCAAACUAGUCGUAUAGUAUCAAGUUUCAAAACGCAAUCAGUUAGUAGUAGGUUAGUUCGAGAAUAUGUUGGACACAAGGAUGGAAUUUGGGAAAUAACACCAGGUCGGCCGGGUCAACCUAUUAUUGUAUCAGCUUCUGCAGAUCGAAGCGCUUGUAUAUGGGGUGUUGCUACUGGUAAAUGUCUGUUGCGUUACUCAGGACAUGGAGGCAGUGUAAAUUCUGCUAGAUUCCAUCCAUCGAGAGAUGUUAUUUUAUCAGCAAGUGGUGAUUGUACUGCUCAUGUUUGGCAAGCAGCUGUUGAUUGGGAAGUUCCGAAAGGGCAAUCAUCUGAAGAGGAACUAGAAGAAGGUGCUUGGGGUGAGAAUGAGACUGAAAUAGAUCGAGUCGAUACUCUAAGAACACCCUUAGCUGAGUUGGUGGGACAUACAGGUGUUGUUGUUGCUGCUGAUUGGCUUCCUGGUGGUGAACAGGUAAUAACCGCUUCCUGGGAUAGAACUGCCGCGCUCUGGGAUGUUGAAACUAAAGAAUUAUUGCAACAAUUAACCGGACAUGAUCAUGAACUGACACAUACUUCUGCACAUCCUAUGCAAAGACUUGUUGUAACAUGUUCUAAAGACACUACUUUUCGGCUGUGGGAUUUCAGAGAAACUAUACAUGCUGUUAGUGUAUUUCAGGGACAUUCAGAGACUGUGACUUCAGCAAUUUUUUCACCUGAUGACAAAGUUAUUUCUGGCUCUGAUGAUAGGACUGCCAAGGUUUGGGAUCUUAGAAACAUGAGGUCACCCCUUGCAACAAUAAGAUGUGAUUCUGCAAUAAAUCGUUUAGCUGUUUCUUGUACUAGUGUUCUUGCUGUACCUCAUGAUAAUCGACGUAUCAGACUUUUUGAUUUAACUGGUCAACGUUUAGCAAGGCUACCCAGAACUAAUAGACAAGGGCAUAGACGUAUGGUAUCUUCUGUAUGUUGGUCUGAUGAUAUGUCAAACCCCUGCAACUUUUUUUCAUGUGGAUUUGACCGCAGAAUACUUGGUUGGGCCAUUCACUCUGCAAAGGACUGA